UAUUAGUAUUAUUUCAGCCCAAACUUUACAUCCCUUCUAGCGCCAAAGCCAUCUGCCCAAUUCAGGCAUUCCAGCAAUUGACCGAACUCGCAAAGCUCGCUGCUCGCUGCAUCUGCGCAAUUCAAGCCAGGCCUCGCAGUCUCGCACCAACGCCAAGCGCCCUGCUGCCCUGCCGCGGUGCCUCCCACCGCGCCGACUACCUCGCCGCCCACCGUGCUCUGCGCCUCCGCCAGUCCGCCUCCGGACCUCCACGGCUCCACAGUCCGGAUCUGCCCCUGCCUUUGCAUCGUAAGAUAAUCUACCAUCCUUGUCGCCCUACCCCAACCGAUUUUUCACUGAAGCUACCGUCUCUAUCUGGCUCACGCAAUCGUCGAUCAAUCUUCAAGCAGCGCUGCUCGUACAGAUCUCAAUCAAAUCAGACCCAUCCUUGGUGAUUUGGGUAGAUUCAAUCUUAAAAAACUCUUCUCCAUUUAAUUUCUUCCACCCAAUCUGGACCUCAAAGAGAAACAUCAUUAUUUCUCUUUUUCCGCAUCAUAGGCCUUGCGUGGAAGCAGAUCCCAGAAAUCUUUGAUAGUAAUGGCCGGGCAAAACCAGCGCUUAAAUGUGGUCCCUACUGUGACAGUGCUUGGCGUGGUCAAAGCUCGCCUUGUUGGGGCCACGAGAGGCCAUGCCUUGCUCAAGAAAAAAAGUGACGCUCUCACUGUGAAGUUUAGACAGAUCCUAAAGAAAAUCGUUUCCACUAAAGAAUCAAUGGGAGAGAUCAUGAAAACUUCUGCCUUUGCUCUGACAGAGGCCAAAUACUCAGCCGGCAACAACAUCAAACACACUGUUCUAGAAAAUGUGGGGACCGCAACUCUCAAGGUGCGUUCCCGUCAAGAAAAUAUAGCUGGUGUCAAGCUCCCUAAGUUUGAGCAUUUCUCCGAAGCAGGAGAGACAAAGAAUGACUUGACAGGGUUAGCUAGGGGCGGGCAACAGGUCCAAGCCUGCCGUGUUGCCUAUGUCAAAGCAAUCGAGUUGCUUGUUGAGCUGGCGUCCUUGCAAACAUCGUUUCUCACACUUGAUGAGGCAAUCAAGACCACAAACCGGAGGGUCAAUGCGCUUGAGAACGUUGUGAAGCCGAGGCUGGAGAACACGGUUAACUACAUCAAGGGAGAGCUUGAUGAGUUGGAAAGAGAGGACUUCUUUAGGUUGAAGAAGAUACAAGGGUUCAAGAAGAGAGAGAUUGAGAAACAGAUGGCCGCCGCUAGACAGUUUGCUGGGGAGAAGGCCGCUGAGGAUUUGUCUUUGAGAAAAGGCGUUUCGCUUGGCGCUGCACAUAACUUGUUGUUGACCCCACAGCAUGAUGAGGAUAUCAUUUUCUGAGGUGGAUGGUAUAUAUAUAGAGACAUUGUUGAUGGACAAAUCUCAUCUGCUGAAUAAGACAGACCUAUCUGCAGGCCGGCUUUUAUUCUUUGAACCAUUUGGAUACAACUUCAUAUGUUUAUUAUUAUGUGAACAUGAAUGCCGAUCCCAAAAUCUUUUGGCAAUAAGGCUUUGUAUGUUGUUAUGGUUGAAUGUCAACUUUUAUUUCUGCGGUAUGGAUGAAUUACUUUGUAGUUUGUACUCUUGAUUAAUAUGAA